GUCCUCGAGGCUCGACCAAUGUCCAUGGAAGCGGACGGGACCGCCACACGCAGUGGUCGAAAGCGUUCCGAGGCUCGCCGUAGCUUGUCGCUUCUGGCCACACUCGAUCUUGCAGGCAUUAUCCGCUCCAGCAGCCUUACCUCCCGACGCGUGUCUGACCACGAAGAAGGCAAACCCCGCACUUAUCGACGCGGCUCUCGUCGGGUCACAGUUCAUUACGAGAUGGAGCCUGGACUAACAAUCGAACGUCCAGCGUCAGUAACAAGCAAAGACAAAGGCGAAGACGAGCAUCACGAUGUUGUUCCCGAGCUUCCUUCAAGCCCGACAAAACCACCGGUGCAGUCGAGGCCCCUCUCUGCAACAUCAAGCACAGUCACCCCCUCCAAAAAGCGCGUCCCUUCCCGAAUCCCCACCAAAACAGAGCCUUCACAAAAGAAGCAUCUCUUCGGGAUCCCUCUGCCCAGUCCAGUGCGAUCGUCAUUCAGCAGUUCCCGGCCGACAACACCGUCAGAUUCGCCCUCCACUAUUUCAAAAAGCAAAGCAAAGCCGAAGCCACCAAUUGGUCAAGGCUCUGCUUCAAGUCUGUCGAAAUUCUUCGUUGCGGGUGGUGGAUCGAGUCUACGGGUUUCCUCCGCUCCAGAAUCACAAAGGAAACCCAGUCCUUCAAGCAAGCUCCCGACCCCGGUCAAACAGCACUCACCUAUAUCCCCUGCUUCUCCCAAACGAUCUUCAUUAGCCGGCAAGCCUUCCGGUGCCCAUAUUUCGUCCUCCACCAUCGUUGUAGAGCCAGGUUCUGUCACCCCCAGACGCCUCAUGUCCGAAGUUGGGAACACCACCAGAGCAGUGGAAUCAACAACCAAUUAUCGCUCGAGCGUUUCGGUCGUCGCUUCUCGUCCAAGAACAAGCGCAAUCCCAACACCAAUGCGAACAAGUAUAUCCAAUCCGCGUGCCUCCCUAGUAGCUCCGGCUCCAAGUAGCCCGACCGUGCGUGUCAGGUCUCUUUCCACUGGAGCUAGUAGUUCUCGUUCUGCGAUUGGUGUAUCAACACGCGUCAGCUCGAAUUCAUUGAGCACGGUGUCGCUUUCGCCAAGGGAACGGCGAACGUCAAGUGAUUCAUCAUCUCAUGCACAUAGACCAUAUCGAGCAACAGUGCGGCUGGAUGGGAUUGCAGAGUUGAAGGGCAAAGAGGGAGACAAUGGUGAACUAGAUGCAAAACAUUCUGCAAGCGGACAUUCACGACAUGUGACGGUGAGAUCAACAAUUGAUGCCGAGCCAAGUUCUCCCAUGCCCGCUGGGACUACAACGACGACGACGGCCAAGAGCUCACUAAGCACUGCUGCAUCUCGAAAGCAUGGGUCAUUCGACUUUGAAAGACCUGGAUGGGGCUCGUUGGCGGGGAAGGGUGCCUCGACGAGUUUGGGGAUUGGAAGUCGCACGCGGAGGGAAGCAAUAGGACGAGAUUCUUCAGUCGACGAGUCGGGGAGGAUACGGACAACGGGUGCUGGACUGGCAGGGGUUGGCUCUGCUCGAUUUUAUGCCUCAACUUCGGCUGCAUCCAACCGCAAUGUGCGGCUAGUUCCGCCACCAACGCCGCCUGAGCUGGAGCCAAGUCAUACGGGCAACUCUGCGUCCACUUCGGCCUCUCGAACGAACGUGGGGACCAGCAGCUGGGGGCGCUCGACGGGAAAACGGCUGAGCGCUGGGUUUUCCAAACUCACAACCGGACUUGGUCUGGGCGGAAAAUCAGUGCUGUCAAAAACAUCGACAGCCAAUGUCGGCAAGGAACGACACCACGGCAAAUUUCCCUUCGAGCCACCGGUGUCGUCACCAACGAUGGUGGCCCGCCAAUUGUCCUUGGAUAGCCAACACGACCGGGAACGUGUUUCGAGACCGUUAUCGCCGGGCAGCAAAGGCCACAAUGCAAGUCACUCGACAUCAAGUACGACAAGUUCGACGCAUACCGGUGUUAGUGCAGGACACCGUUCGGGAACUAAAGGCCGCUCGCUUGACCUCGGGUUGGGAUUGGCUUGGGCACCGACGAGGGUUCGGGAGGACGCUGUUAUGCCGGAGUCAUCAUUUGGCAGGAGUCUCAGCGCCAGCCGACGAGAACGGAGAGGGAAGGAGAUUGCGGAGGAAUUCCGGCAAGUACUGGAUGAUGACGGUUUCAAGGCUUUCAAGAAAUAUGUCCAUCGAUUCGAUAACAAUGAAAUACCCUUUGACGGGCCCACUGGUAUCGUCGCGCGGGUGGAACGUCUUUUACGCAAAGCGCGCCAGCUCGAUGACGACGAGCGAAGCAGACUUCUCGACAAUUUUGUCAAACUGACACUCUCGGCCGUAUAA